AUGCUGGAGUUUAAUAUUGAUUUUAUUUUUUGUGGAGCAGGACAAAUGCUCAAUGAAGUUUGUGAAUCACUUCAGGACUUUAUCGGCUAUUACCUUGAUUCUAUUUUAAUUGAAGUUCAUCCAACUUCUGAUUACAAUGUUGCAAUUAAUAUAUUUGAUGAAGCAAAGCCAUAUAGUCCACAGAAUUACAAUCAAGAAAUAGAAACUACUGAAGAUCAUGUUGGUGGCCAAAUAAAUUUUACAACACCAAGCAUUACAGCAAGCAGUAGUAAUAAAAAUAAUUAUAGCACAAAGUCAAUGGCUAAUAAAUGGAAAAUGAGAUUGAAUGCCUGCCCAACUAAUGGAGUUAAAUGGUCAUAUAUGUAUGUUAUAAAGACUGAAUCUGAUUGGGAAUGGCCAACACCAUGCCCCCAUUCUGGCUAUUGGUAUACUAAAGAGAUGUUAAAAGGAUUUCGAAUUACUAUUACUCAGAUAUAA